AUUCUCAUCUUACCAAUCUAUUUCUUUGUUAUAUGCUUUUGCAUUUGCCUAGUGAGGUUCCAGUAUUCAUGGAGUACUUGCCACAGAAGCUUUUCAUUGCAGCAUUUCUCAUCCUUUCAGCACCUAUUCAUGGAACGAAGGCAGAUACCAUGGUCACUGGCACUGUCUUCUGUGACCAAUGCAAAGAUGGGCAGAGAUCCCUUUUGGAUUAUCCUGUUAAUGGUGCAAAAGUAAGCUUGUCCUGUGCUGACAGCAAUGGGCAAAUCACAAUGUCAAGAGAGGAAACAACUAACAUGUUUGGAAGCUACAUAAUGAGGUUUGAUGGUGCACCAGACUUGGGUGGUUGUUCUGCCAUUGUAUCAGGCAGUGGGCAAGGUUCAAUGGAUUGUGGUGAAGGUGCUGGUCCUGCCCAAAAUCCUAGACUCAUGUUCAGGAUGUUUGACAUGGAGAUGUACACGGUGGAUCCUCUACUUGCUCAGCCAGCACAGCCUAUGCAAUUCUGCUCAAGAUCUUCCGAUUCCAACCCGGUGCCGCCGCCAGUCUCACCACCAAAGUCUCCCCCACAAUUCAACCUACCUCCAAUGCCCGGGCUUCCACCACUGCCACCAUUGCCUCCACUACCACCAUUGCCUCCACUACCACCAGUGAUUUUCGCAGAAGCUUCAGCAUGCUCAUCAGAGAAGUGGACAAUGCCAGAAUACAAAUGCUACUGGAGGGGUGUGAACCAGGACACUAAAGUUGCAGUAGCUUUUGGAAUGGUGGCAGCAAGGAGAUACGGAACAGACAUUACACUGUGGAAAGGGUUGCAAGGGAGAGGAGACCCUUACAGGACUCUUUUGAGAGAAGGGAUUACUGCACUUCUUAACUCUUAUAACACCCUCCAAUUCUCUUACCAUCCAAUUGGCGUAGUUGAACACAUGAAUGAGGCUUUGAUGGGUUCAACUAGGAGUGUCCUGCUCACUGCUCUGCGCUUCAAGAGGUCUAAUUCUGGUGCUGGAAAUGUCACCUGCAAAUUCACGCCUUGCAAAUAAUCUAUAGCCUUCUUAGCAUGUUUGGAAGAUGGUUAUUUUGGGGGUAAUAUUUAUUUUAAAAGCUGCCUUAUGAAUAUAUUGAUUAUAAACUUUGGACCCUAAAAUAAACUAAUCCAAACAAGCAACUAGAAUACUCAAUCUUGUUAUAUAGCUUUUGUCAUUAUCUUUACUGUAUAAAUGGCGAUUUGGGGUGCAUUGAAUGGUUUUGUAACUGAGCUGCAUUUCUUCGUUAUAAUAUAUAUGUACUGUUUUUUAAGAUAGUUCUUACUUGUUCCA